ACGCAUUUCUAAGACGCAGUGAAACGUACCCUACGGCAUCAAAGCGUAAUGCGCGGCGAGGCAAUCUUGCAUCCAAUCUAGAGACUGAGCUCCAGUAGCCUGUGUGGUCUCCGGAGGGGAGACACAUGCCUCCUCGCGCAGCCUCUCUAUCCAUGGCGCAUCUCCAGCUCUGAAUCCACUUCGGCUCUGGACACACCGGCAGCAGCGCUCGAUCCAAACACAUACACACACACGCACACACGCACACACACACACACUCACACACACUUACACACACUUCGCUUUUUACAGGUGCAGCGCAGAGGACUAGACCGGCCGAAGAGAUCGGAUCGAGUGCGUUGAUGCGUGAAGGAUGUAGAGCCAGAGGGGGGGGGCCAGGAUGGAGUGCUCCUGGAAGACGGUGCUGCUGCUGGUGUGUGCGUCUCUUGGGGUCCAGUACACGGCCAUCCGGACCCUGAGGGACUCUCUGUCUGGGCCCUGUCAGGGAACCUACCGCUGCCAGACCAGACACCACAGAGACUCCAGAUGGAGAGCCUUGUGUGAUGACGGUUGGAUGCCAGUUGAGUCGCCCCGGAAGCACAUCCUGCUGUUUGCCACCACCCGCAGCGGCUCCUCCUUCACUGGGCAGCUCCUGAACCAGCACCCAGGGAUCUUCUACGUGUUUGAACCUCUCUACCAUGUCCAACAGGCCUUCACCAACUCCAGCAGCAGGCUGCGUCGCACCCUGGACCGCCGGGCCCUACUGGGAGCGUACAGGGACCUCCUCCUCAAUCUGUACACCUGUGAUCUUCACUUCAUGGAGAACUACAUCCGCCCGGAGCCCCAGGACCACGUCACAAGCUCCUACUUCCGCCGAAGCUCCAGCCACGCGCUCUGUUCCCCUCCCGUGUGCUCGGAGGGACGGGAUAUAGAGGCCUCUGAUCUGCCUGAUGAAACGUGGUGUCCUAAGAAGUGCAGGGCCCUAAACCUUACCCUAGCCUCCAUGUCUUGUUUGUCAAGGGAACACGUAGCCAUUAAGACUGUGCGGGUCCCUGAAGUGGGAGACCUGCGCACUUUGACAGAAGAUCCACGCCUGGACCUGAAGAUCAUCCACCUGGUGAGAGACCCCAGAGCCAUCCUCGCCUCACGCAUUAUGGCGUUUUCAGAUCAAUUCCGCGCUUGGAAAAUAUGGAACGCAACUGGGCGGCAGCCUCGUUACGUGGACCUGACGCAGAUCACCAGCACCUGCAAGGACAUGACUGCCUCUGCAGAAACAGGCCUGCAAAGACCGGCAUGGCUGCGGGGACGCUACCUGCUGGUGCGGUAUGAGGACCUGGCGCUCAACCCAAAGGACAAAGCCACUGAGAUCUACAGGUUUGUGGGACUGGAGAUGGAAGACAGGGUGCGGAUGUGGAUUGCAAAGAACACCAACAGUAACGUGGUGUCUCCGUCAGAGUGGAACUACAGGUACUCCACCACCAGAGACUCCAGGGCAACAGCAAAGAGCUGGAGGCUCCGUCUGGGCUUUGACAUCGUGAGGACCGUGCAGAUUCUGUGCAACGACACUCUGGCUCUGCUGGGAUACAAGCAGGUUCACUCUGCAGCUGAACUCAGAAACUUGUCUCACAGUUUAGUGGAACACAGGACCUUUCAACCAGUCACGUGGUAGAAAAAACAUAACUGUUAUUUAUUUACUUAUUUAUUUAUUUAUUUCAGUUGACUUUCCUCUCUGUCAUGAUGCUGAUGACAUGAAUGUAAUUUAUCUUAUUUCAAUAAUGCCUAAACUUAUAUCACUUUUUAUGUUUUUUGUUAAAGAUAUUGAAAGUGCCAAAUGUCAAGCGUGUGUGAUGCUGGAAAAAAGUAUUAAAUCCAGAAUUAAGUCCAUAACAGUGCAUAACAUGUGUUGAUUGAAAACUCUUCUUCAAUCCGGAUGUGAUGAAGUUGUUUUUGUUUUUUUAGGAUUCAAUUUUCUCAUAAUUUCAACAUUUAAACAGGGGGGGAAAGACAGUACCAGGUUACCAUUUUAGAGUAAAUCUGACCCUAAGGGACCGUUCAGUAUUUAUGGAAUGGACCACUGGAGGAAAACGGGAGGGUCAUGUCUUUUCUAUUCUUUGUUGAGGGGAGGGUCAUCCAACUUUUUCAGUUUAGGGGAGGGUCACCCAACUUUUGUAUUGUGAAAACAGCAAAAUUUCAAAGUGACUUGUUUGGUGCAUAUUUUUCCAUGUAGCUCUGUCAGUACCCCCCCCCCCCCCCCCCAUCACUAGCAGAUGGGUCCCUCCCUGUUAAGUCAGCCAGACAAUUUGAGCUGUAGCUUUGUAGAGAGAGUGUGAUUUCCCAAACUGAAUAAAUCAAGCCCGCACAUACAGUAUAAAAAAAAAGUACAAAACUGCUUUGCUAGUUCCUUUGUGUUGUAACUAAGACAUCUGUUAAAAAAAUAAUUCAUCAUUAGCAUGAUUGUCAUACUGUUUAGUUCAAAAACAUCAAAAACAUGAACGUACAAAAACAUAGUGGACCAGACACAAGCUUUUAUUUUGAAAAGCCAAAUCUCACGAGAGCACAAAGCCAUGCCCCAUACCCGAAUCAAAUAUCCUUUUGGUCUCUGUGAUUAUUUUGGAUUAAUUGUGCAAACGACAACUUUUUCAGGUCGUUGGAGAGGGAAGGAGAGCAUGCACGCUCCCAAAUUGACGCUCAUCUGAGAAAUGGAGUUUUGGAUAAAGUUCAGUUUGGGCAGCUUUACCUAUGCUAAAAUAAAGGAAUCCUAGUGACAAGUCCAUAGCAACCAGUUUACCUGUGGAAUUUGUUACUACCCAGUGUGCUUUGCUGAAUGGUCUCAAUGUUUUAUUGUUUUAUUUCAUGCGAAUACUAGUUUACUAGAGGAGUAACUCAGCAUUUGAGGUAAUGCACGAAGUGCGCAUUUAGCUUCCAUGCUUAUUGUGUUUCCACAACAAUAGUAGUGAGUAAAUCUACUGAAAAGGGCCCCAUAAUUAAAGAUUAUUUUUGGGUCUUUUCCCUUUGUUAAAGUGACAGUGGAUAGACAUGAAAGAGGGGGAUGACACGCAGCAAUGGUCCGCAGGUCGGACUCGAACCCGGGCCGCUUCAGGACUUAGCCAACAUGGGGUGUACGCUCCCACUGGGUGUGCUAGAGGCCGCCCCCCAAAAAAAGGCCCCCAUAAUAGUGGAGUGUGAUGUGUAAGAUGAGAAGACAGAGGUUAGUCAUGUAUGUCAUGUUUGUAAAAAAAACACUAUCUGUACAUCUUUGCCAAGUGCAAACCAGAACAGAACGCAUCCAUAAAUUGUUGGGAAGGGUAAUGCUUUUUUCCCCCAAUCAUAUUGUUGGAUCAUAGAAAAAUGUACUAUUAGGAAAGAGAGGGUCAAGUCUUUUUUGACUUAAGACCCCAAAACUCCUCCGGUAGCCCCUUAAAUAAAACACGAACAGUCUGUAAGUCAAACACACAGGAAGUGAUGGGGAUGUAUUUGUCAAAUAAAUAAGUAAAUUAUAGGGCUUGACUUCUAAGUGUAUCUAAUGCAUUUUGGAAAAAGAUUCAAAUGUCACGUUGUAGAAAGAAUAUCUUCUGCAGCGCACUGCAUCCUAUGUGAAGAUGGCUCUCAUAGAACCAAGUUUUUUUUUUUGUAAAUACUGAUUAACUGUUGCAAUGUGUGCAAAUGUUAUGUGCUGGAUGUGUUGUUUUGUCACUGUAACUAUAAUGUUAUAUUUUCUAGACUUUUUAAAAUAAAUUAUUCAUACGUAAGUAUUUGCCAUGCUGCUGAAAUCUUGAAACCACAUUUGUUUGAUGUGUUUUCUGUAAUUUUUUCAAAUCUGACACAAAAGCGGAUUCGAGUUGUAGUGCUGAACAGAGAA